UAAGAGGAAUAAAGCCACGUCACUUUACCUAUUGGAGUCUAAUUUCCAAAACAAAGUUUCAAAUAAAAUGAAUGUUUUUAGGCUUUUAGGGGAUUUAUCUCAUCUUAUUGCAAUUAUUAUACUUUUGCAAAAGAUUUGGCACACCCGAUCAUGUGCAGGUAUAUCUGGCAAAAGUCAAAUAUUGUUUGCACUGGUCUAUACAACUAGAUAUUUGGACCUUGUAACAGCUUAUGUAUCACUCUACAAUACGUGUAUGAAAGUUGUCUUCUUAGCGAGUUCCUACGCCACUGUAUACUUAAUUUAUCUUAAAUUUAGAGCUACAUAUGAUAGAAACCAUGAUACGUUCCGUAUUGAGUUCUUGAUUUUACCAUCAGUUAUUUUGGCACUUAUUAUCAAUCAUGAAUUUGCAUUGCUGGAGGUACUGUGGACAUUUAGCAUUUACUUAGAGGCGGUGGCAAUUCUACCCCAACUAUUUAUGGUCAGUAAAACUGGUGAGGCUGAGAGUAUUACAUCCCAUUAUUUAUUUGCACUUGGUUCAUACCGAGCCCUCUACAUUUUCAAUUGGGUCUAUCGUUACUGGACAGAGAACCACUAUGAUAUAAUUGCAAUUGUCGCUGGUAUAGUACAAACUGUACUAUAUUGUGACUUUUUCUAUCUCUAUAUUACCAAAGUUUUGAAAGGUAAGAAGUUGCAGUUGCCCGCAUAAAUCAUGUGAGAUUUUAAAAGUUUGAAAAAUGGUUCAGUACAAUAUGUUUUUUUUCUGUGUUUUUGUGUAUAAUUAAAUCGAUAAUUUUUUGUGGAGAAGCUCAUAAUGUUAAUCAGAGAGUGCCACUAGUGUAUUAACCUGUCAGUAAAAUUUUAAGGGGUUCAUGUAUAUUGUGCUUAAAGUUUUUUUUUAAGUUAAAGCCGAAAAUAGACCAUCUGUAUUACCUGUGAUUUCUUUAGACAUUUGAUUUAUAUCGCAAGGUUUUACCCUAAUUAAUUAAGCAUUUUCAGAAAAAUGUUAUAUAUGUUGAUAUUUCAUAAAAAGUGUAUUUGUAUAUUUAUAUACAUGUAAGUUAUCAAAAUAAAGCAUGUUUGACUUCUCCGGAUACCAAAACUGACCAAUAAUAAGUUUUGAUAUUUGUAAGUUCUAAGAGAUAAUAUUAAACAGCCAAAUGGCAAAUCAUGUUUUAUACUGAUUUUCUGGCCAUAAAAUAAGCUUUUGUAUAGAGACUCGGUCUAAAGUUAAACUUGCUUAGGAUAGAGCAAUUAACAAAGAACUAC